CCAGCGCACGUCACACACUUCGCACUUCGCCUCCGCCUGCUUCUGUCACCGAUCCGUGGCGCCACCCCCGCGGAGCGUGGGAGAAAUGGGAAACUCUCACAUCACAGCCUUCCUAUUCACCCAUUCUCGCGUGAGUUGGAGCGGGAGGGCGCCACCGUCAUCACAAUACCGGAAGGACCCCACCUGACUUCCGCUUUAGCCCGUCAGCCUUGUUUUACUGCUUGAAUGGUUGUUUCUUGCGUGCGGUUUCGAACGGUUAUGCAGCGAUUUUCGUUCUUGGGGACGUGCUGCGUUGUUCCUGGCUGCAGUAUGCGGUCAGGUACCAACCUGCUGUCAGAAAUAAGAAUGUUUUCCUUUCCGCGAGACCCGCAACGGAGGGCAGUCUGGACUCAAUCAAUCAGAAGAGAUCACUGGAAGCCGAACAACAACAGAAAAAUAUGCUCCACUCAUUUCAUUCAAGGGAAGCCAUCUGAUGACCUGACACACCCAGACUAUGUUCCGUCCCCCUUCUUCUUCAAGAAACAACAGGACCCUGAGCAGAAGCUGCAAAGGUACAGCCGCCUUCAGCAGCGGCGUAAGAGGGCGAGAACCGAAACUGCUGCAGAAAGUGAUGUCCCUGCUGAAGCCAUGGAUGAGUUCAACGAAGACACAGUGUCAACACAGAACUGUGCUUUAGCAACCGACCAAACAGAGCACACAGGCACAGACCCAAUGAUGUCCUCAGAAGAGAUCGACAGAAUUCUCAAAGAGAACUGCAGCCUCAAAGAACAGGUGGCAUCCCUGUCCAGUGAACUACAGACAACAAAAGACCUCAUGAAAGGUCACCAAGCCAACAGUAAGGUCCUGAAAGAAGCACUUGAUGAGCGCACAACUACGAAACAAGUACUGAAAAAUGAUCAGAGUGUGAAGUUUCACACUGGCGUUGUUUCAAAAGAUAUGUUCUAUGCCAUAUUGAACUUUAUCUUGUCAUUUUGGUGCCCCAACAUUGGAACGCACCUUGAACCGCAAGAACAGUUCCUCAUUGUUCUGAUGCGUUUGCGUCUUGGUCUGCUGACAGAUGAUUUGGCAUGUCGUUUUGGUGUGUCUUCGUCAUGUGUCAGUGCAAUCUUUCAUGCCUGGCUCAACGAGCUUGCGCAAAACCUGGAGAGGCUGAUUGUAUGGCCAUCGAGACACGCUAUCAGGCGCAACUUGCCAAAUGCGUACAGGGAUCCAAUGUUUGACAAUGUUAGAUGUGUGGUUGACUGCUCUGAAAUUUUUAUUCAUAAGCCUUCAUGCCUAAAAGCAAGGAGCCAAACCUACUCACAGUAUAAACACCACAAUACUGUGAGAUUUCUGGUGGCAAUUUCACCAACACGUGCAAUAACCUUUAUCUCUAAAGCUUGGGGAGGGAGAGCAUCAGACAAGCAACUAACAGCUGCGUCAAAGCUUCUUGAGAAAAUAGAAGAAGGGGAUAUGGUGCUUGCAGACCGUGGCUCUCGGUGCCAUGAGAUGUUUGCAGGAAAGGGUGCAAGUGUUCUAAUGCCAUCGUUCACGAAGGGAAAAAAUCAGCUGUCUGGAGGAGAAGUGACGUUGUCGAGGAAGAUGUAAAGCGUGCGAAUACAUGUGGAACGGUCGAUAAGGCGAAUCAAAACAUUUCGUAUUUUUCAAAUGGUUCUGCCAAUUUCAUUCAUCAAAAGGCCACGGGACAGUGAUAUGAACACCAUUGAUAAAGUGCUUAUUGUUUGUGCCGCACUCUGCAACCUGCAAAAUCCCCUCAUCUCCCAGGCGUAAACUCUGUUUAAACUCUCCUCACGUGAGUGCAACUUGAGGUGAAUUGGGGUUUAAUAUAAGUCUUCCAUGAACAUUUGACGCAUGAAGUCAGAUGUGACAGUCAGUGCAU